UGGCAAUAUCAUUGGACGGCACAUAGACAAUAUUCACAAACGUCGCACCCAAGCCCCAGGGCUUUGAGAUAGAAAACUCCUAUAAAACGCUCAGAGUUGAGGGAGUUUAUCUUUAGGCUUUGGGUAGCAAAUAGUCAGGUGAGUAAUUAUGCUGCUGAUAGCCGACCUGCUACUUCUUUCCCUUGUGGCUGUUAGAGGAGGGAAGCCUGUGUGUGAAACAUAUGGGACAAAAGAACUGUCUCAGUUUUCUAAGGAGGGAGAUAUCAACAUUGGAGGCAUUUUCUCCUUCCAUCAGAACCCAGUCACUGUUAAUCCAGCCCUCGAAGUCAAUCCAGGAAUAAUGCAGUGUGAAGGACUGGACCCAGGGGAGCUUCAGUAUGCAUUCACUAUGAUGUUUGCCAUAGAAGAGAUCAACAACAGCUCAGAGCUGCUGCCAGGAGUGAUGCUGGGUUAUCGGAUCUUUGACUCCUGCCCCAGCAUCCCUCUUUCCAUCAGGGCAUCACUAAACCUGAUGAACAGGUACGAGAGCGAGGCGGGCAACUGUACCAAACUCUCCAAUGUGCAUGCUGUCAUCGGGGAAACCACAUCCACUUCUACCAUAGGUAUUGCGCGGACCAUGGGACCCUUUCAUAUACCUGUGAUCAGUCAUUCAGCCACUUGUGCAUGUCUUAGCAACAGAAGAGACUAUCUCUCUUUCUUCAGGACCAUACCCAGUGACAUUUACCAGAGCAAAGCCUUAGCAAAGCUUGUGAAACACUUUGGCUGGACCUGGGUGGGAGCCAUCCGAACUAACAGUGACUAUGGCAAUGGUGGCAUGGCAACUUUCCUAGAAGCAGCAGAAAGGGAAGGUGUGUGUGUUGAGUACUCGCUGGCCAUUUACCGAACUGAUCCCAGAAAGUGGUUCUUAGAGGUGGUGGGUAUUAUAAAAAAAUCCACUUCUAAGGUAAUAGUGGCAUUUGCUGAUGGAACAGACCUUGACAUACUUAUUAAAGAGCUUCACGCUCAGAAUGUGACAGGGCUGCAGUGGGUUGGAAGUGAAGGCUGGAUCACAUAUCGUUAUAUUGCCUCCCCAGUGAACUAUGCUGUGGUCCAGGGGGCUGUGGGCUUUGCAGCGCUGAACGCUCACAUCCCUGGACUGCAGGAGUUUCUCGCCAACAGCAGACCCUCCACCACGCCGGGGAAUCAGGGACUUGUGGAGUUGUGGGAGACAGUGUUCAGUUGCCUCCUGACUCCCCGACCAGAGAUUCAUGCUCCUGUUCCAGCCUGCGAUGGGAAGGAGUCUCUGUGGAACAUAAAAACACGCUUCACAGAUGUUUCGGAUGCCAGCCUGCUGAAUAAUGUUUACAAGGCCACGUAUGCUGUUGCUCACGCGCUGCACAUGCUGUUUGACUGCAAAGAUGGACAGGGGCCUUUUGAGAACAAUACAUGCGCUGAUAUUGAAAAUGUCAAACCAUGGCAGGUGCUACAUUAUCUAACUCUGGUCAAUUUUACGACUAAGAUCGAUGAAAAUGUGUUCUUUGAUGAGUUGGGUGACCCUGUUGCACGUUAUGCUCUGGUAAACUGGCAGAUGGACGAGACAGGUUAUAUACUAUUUGAGACUAUUGGUUAUUAUGAUGCUUCGCGGCCUGAGGGGCAGCAGUUUGAGAUGAAAGCAGACGUGAGUGCCAUCUGGGCAGGAGAAAACCUUGAGGUGCCGAGGUCUGUGUGCAGUGAAAGCUGUUUGCCAGGAACCCGCCGGGCUUUUGUCAAGGGCAAACCUAUCUGCUGUUUUGAUUGCAUCACCUGUGCUGACGGAGAGUUCAGCAAUAGUACAAGUGAGACAGCAGGAUUCAUAGCUUUUGCAUUAGUGCUCGCUGUGUUUCUGAUGGGCAAAAUCACCACCAGCACUUUAUUAGUUUAUCUGAAGAUGUGUGUGCUGUUCAGACUAAAGGUAUUUAUGCUUUCAGAUGCUGUGAUUUGUGACAAAUGCCCUCCAGAGUACAAGUCCAAUGGAGAGAGGAAUAACUGUGACAUGAAAGCUAUUGAGUUCCUCACCUUCAGGGAAUUAAUGGGUAUACUGUUGGUCACCUUUUCGGUCUUUGGUGCGUGCCUGGCGAUGACUAUAGCACUAAUAUUUUUCCACUACAGACAGACUCCUAUUGUCAGAGCCAACAACUCAGAGCUGAGCUUCCUGCUGCUGUUCUCUUUAACUCUGUGCUUCCUGUGCUCUCUGACCUUCAUCGGUCGACCCUCUGAGUGGUCCUGCAUGCUGAGACACACAGCGUUCGGCAUCACCUUCGUCCUCUGCAUCUCUUGUGUUCUGGGGAAAACAAUAGUGGUGUUGAUGGCCUUCAGGGCGACUCUUCCAGGCAGCAAUGUGAUGAAAUGGUUCGGGCCUGCACAGCAGAGACUCAGUGUUCUGGGCUUUACUCUCAUACAGGUUCUAAUUUGUAUACUGUGGCUGACAAUAAAUCCUCCUUUUCCCUUCAAAAACAUGCAACAUUACAAAGAGAAAAUUAUACUAGAGUGUGCCCUGGGAUCACCUGUGGGCUUCUGGGCUGUGUUAGGAUACAUUGGGCUCUUGGCCAUGUUGUGUUUUGUGCUUGCUUUUUUGGCUCGAAAGCUCCCUGAUAAUUUCAAUGAAGCUAAGUUCAUAACUUUCAGCAUGUUGAUAUUCUGUGCAGUGUGGAUCACCUUUAUCCCAGCGUAUGUCAGCUCUCCUGGGAAGUUCACUGUGGCUGUGGAGAUAUUUGCUAUUCUAGCUUCAAGUUAUGGGAUGCUGUUUUGUAUUUUUUUGCCCAAAUGCUACAUCAUUUUAUUAAAACCUGAGAACAACACAAAGAAACAUCUGAUGGGUAAAGGAACCCUGAGAUCCCUGUGAGAUAUUUGUUCAAGACACAACAAUAGAAUUUGUAUUGUCACCAAUUUAGUCUAGAUAAAUAUUUAUAAUUAAUUCUAACUGUCACACUGUAACUACAAUAAAUUAUUCACGAAUUAAGCUGUUUAAAAUAUGAAAUAUUACAUUGCUUACAGUACAUCUACAAUACAGAUGUCUUGCAAAUUUUUGUCAUGAAUUGUAAAUGAAACCUAAUAAGUGGCACCUCAGUUUUCUCAGGCCACAAGCUCAUAUGUUUUUUUUGAUUUUAUCAUUAAUUUAAACAAAUCUAUUUACAUGUAUACAAUAUGAAUUAAUAAAAUUUAAAUAAAAAUCAUAUA